AUGUUCUCCGCAGCUAUGGCAGCACCCGUCGGCGGAGGUACAGGCUCAAGCCUGGCGCGAGCAAUCAUCAUCACCUCCGGUGUCUCGGCCCUCGUCUCUUCGCUAUUGUCCUUUGUGUCGAUAUGGUUUCAACUCAAAAACUACCGGAAACCACUUCUCCAGCGAUACGUUGUGCGCAUACUGUUGAUGGUGCCAAUUUAUGCAGCAUCAUCAUGGACUGGUAUUGUAUCACUGAAGGCAGCUCAGUUCCUCGAUCCUGUCCGUGAUAUUUACGAGGCCUUCACGAUCUACACAUUUUUCCAGCUUUUAAUCAACUUCCUCGGAGGAGAGCGAGCCUUGAUCAUCAUGGCACAUGGUCGUCCACCGGUUUCGCAUGCCUGGCCGCUUAAUCACGUCCUUCCAAAGCUCGACAUAUCCGACCCACACACGUUCCUUGCCGUAAAGCGCGGCAUCCUUCAGUAUGCCUGGCUGAAACCCAUUCUGGCCAUUGCUUCUAUUGUGAUGAAGGCGACGGGCACAUAUGAGGAGGGAUAUCUGAGUCUGUCAUCGGGCUAUCUGUGGACCGGUAUUGUGUACAACCUCAGCGUCACCGUCAGUUUAUACUCCCUGGCUAUGUUCUGGGUGUGUCUGCAUAAUGACCUCACGCCAUUCCGCCCGGUUCCUAAGUUCCUCUGCGUCAAACUCAUCAUUUUCGCAUCAUACUGGCAAGGAUUCUUCUUGUCAAUCCUGCAGUGGUUAGGAGCUCUCGGCAACGUCGCAGGAUACACCCCCGACAAUCUUGCUGCGGCAAUUCAGGAUGCUCUCAUCUGCUAUGAAAUGCCCAUCUUUGCCGCCUCCCACUGGUAUGCGUUCUCGUGGCAUGACUAUGCCGAUCCUACCAUCUCGGCUGCUCGGCUGCCCGUCAAGUAUGCAGUUCGUGAUGCGUUCGGGCCUCUUGAUCUGAUAGAAGACACGAAGAUGACCCUUCGUGGUGAGAACUACGAGUAUCGUCUCUUUGACUCUGGCGACAACAUCAUCGCGCAUGAGGAGUCUCAUUCGCGAGUCAAGCGUGUCAUGGACGGUAUGAGAUACGAGCGAGGUGGCAAGGCAAAGUAUUGGAUUCCGAAGCCCGGAGAGGCCAGUAAAGCGGUCGAAGCCAACAUUCGCACGCCACUCUUAACUGGUGGGGACAGCAGUACCCGCAGUCGAAGUGAUAGAGGAAGUCGCAGUUCCACCGAGCGAUACCGGUCUUAUAGUGAGAUCGAAGUCACAUUGGACGACGAAGAUGAACAAAUUUUCAACCAGGCUCGAGCUCUGGAGUUUGGAGACUGGAAUUAUCCGGUCAUUACGGCCAAUGAAGUUCCUCGGGACCAACGACUCCCUACGCACAGGAGCUACCAAAGCUCAAGGACCGGAGGCGAUGUGAAAAAGUCCCGUUCACACCGCAAACGCCUAGCGUCAGGCAGCGAAGGCCGGCGAGAUCAAAAUAAUGCCAGCUCUAGAAAGUCCAGCAAGAGCUCCGGCCCGCCUCGUCCCUUGCAGCGCAACGCCAGCUCCACGAGCUCCCACCAUUCGCAUCGCAGCCAGCUAGUUGAUCUCGUGGUGGAAGACCACGAAGCUGAGGAAGAAGACCGCGACCAGGCCCAGCGAGAGCUUGGAUCUGCCUGGGCGGGAGAUGAAACCCGACGAUUCUUGAGGCCAUCGGGACAGCCAAUCGAGGAAGAGGCUGAACCCGAAGCUCCGAUCAGGGAGGUUCCAGCCGAGCCUGUUCACCAGGCGGAAGAGGAAGAAGACCGGUCGCCUUCACGGUGGGCCUACGGUGCAUUGGAGGAGGAGGAUAAUGUAUGGGGCAAAUAG